ACAAACUACCGUAUACAGAUGGCCAAUAUGCCGCCUCCAUAUGUAGAACCAGGCGAGUUCCACUUCCUAAAAAUAAUGGCAGAGGAGAUCGAAAAGCAUUACGUACCUGGUUCGACUUUCAGAGAAGAAAGCCAGAACUAUGUGUUCCGAAAGUUCCGUGUAGCAUUCGGUCCGUUUUAUUCAGACCGUUUUCUCAAGUCGAGAUUCAAGCACCUUAGGAAACGAUACCAAGAUUUCUCUGACAUCCUGAGCCACGAGGGAGUACACUGGAACAAGGAGCAUAAUCUUCUUUACGGCAAUCAGAAAGUGCUUACGGAAAAAUGCAAGAGCCAUUUCAAGAAUGGUCGUUACAAUGGAGAACCGCACUUUGAACUCAUGAGCCAGAUUUUCGGAAGUGGGAUUAAGUAUCUGUACAUUUGAACCUUGGUGUUAUCAAAACCGUGGAAUCGUCAUUUUCUUCUGUUAUAGAAUCUCUUAUUACAGAAACCAUCUUUCUUGAAAUUUUAUCGAUGUGUGAAUUGUGAUACUCAAACACCACACAAUGCUGGGAUAUUCCUUUUCUCUUUAUCGAAAAAAGUAAUGGUCUAAACUCGACUUGAUCAUCUUCUUAUUCGUUAGAUCCGAGUGUUUCUACCUAGAUUCAAUUUGAUUCUCGUAAAUUCCGUCUCGACAAAAAUUAGGAUAAGAGGCAAAUGGAAUGGAAAUUGUUAGCUAUUACGCAUUCUAUUGUUAAGAUACUGAUACCAGAAAUUAAAGAAUGCAGUUCAGAGAUUCAUAAUCCUUGUUUAACUUAGUUUGAUUUUACGAGAAAAAAAGAAGAAAAAAAAAA